UUUUUAUGCGGUACACGAUAUAAGACACGCAUUGAUUUCUUGAGCAAUAUAGAACAAUUGUACUUUUCUAGCAACAAAUAAGAAGCAGCAAAAAUGUUUAAAUUACUUUUCACGAUUGCUUUUCUUGCAUUAAUAACGUAUUGUUAUUCACAAAUCGCGUCACCUGGCCAGUGUGCAGAUAGAACACAAUUAAAAGCGGCAGAAGAUUAUGAUUUUGCUGGGUAUGUAGCUACUGGCAGGCUAUGGUACACUAUUUUUACGUAUAACACGCCGGGCGACUGCCUGUAUCUGAAUAAUACCAUGACAUCAAACGUAACCGCGAACUUCUUCUGGUCUGUAAAAAAUUUAACUUCUGGAACAUGGGAUAGUAGGUCUGGUGUAACAACAUGGACACCGAGCAGUGGUAAACGUGAUGGGAUUUUAACAAUCAGAAGAUCCUCCGAUCCUAGCAAUCCAUUGGUAUAUAAAAUGCUUGGAACUGAUCGUGAUAGGUACAGCGUUGAUUACAGAUGCGUCGAUGUAAAUAGCACAAGCAGAAUCGAAAUACUAUUUGCGAGAAGCAGAAGUAGGAGUUUCACACCACAAUCAUCAGCUCCGGUUUUCCAAAUUCUUGAAGAUAAUGGUCUCUCUGAUUUAGCCGCAGAAUUAGUAUAUGCUAUACAGGACCCAAAUGUUUGUACACCAUAAAAAUCACAGCAGAAUUUGUGAAUUUUGUAUGAAAUUAAGCACUAUUAAAUUUGUCAGCAUGUAAA